UAAUUGUAUAUUUAUUUACACCAAUGGAUUUACUUUGUUUAUAAAAACCCCAAGACAUUUCAUCUUUUUUUGAUUUAGAAGACUUAUCUUCAGCAUUCAACACUUCAUGAACUGGUUUUAGCGACCGGAAAUGGCAUCGAUGACCACCCAAUUUGCCACAUCUAGAAAGAUGAGCAUAUAUGAUCCAUUCAACAAUAUCGGCAUGUGCGAAAACACAUUCGGACAUGCUAUUAGCCCCACGGAUGCGUCAUCUAGCUCCCGAGUCGACACACGGCUAGCUAACAAGGAAUCGAUCGGACCUUCAUUAGAAGACGAAGCAGCGAAAACCAUGUCCGAUAAGUUGCAAAGAAGAUUAGCACAAAACAGAGAAGCUGCACGUAAGAGUCGCUUAAGAAAAAAAGCAUAUGUUCAACAACUAGAAACAUGUCGUUUGAAGUUGGUGCAAUUGGAGCAGGAACUUGAGAGAUCUCGACAACAGGGUGUAUGUGGCGGAUUACUUAAUACAAGCAAUGGUAUAUCAUCUAAUAACAUCAACUCGGGUAUCGUUGCGUUUGAGAUCAUGUAUGAUUUGUGGGUUUUUGAACAACGAAAGAGGGACAACGAACUUAAGAUUAUGUUGCAAAAUCAAGUAAGCGAACCAGAUCUUCGUAUAUCCGUGGACAGUAGCUUGAACCACUACUAUGAGCUUUUCCAAAUGAAAGCCAAUGCUAUGAAGGCUGACGUGUUCUAUUUUAUGUAUGGAAUGUGGAGAACGCCUAUCGAAAGGCUCUUUCAAUGGCUUGGAGGACCACGACCAUCAGAACUCAUAUGUAUGCUAAUGCCACAACUUGAGCUGCUAACGGAAGAACAACUCAUGAGGCUCUCGACCCUGAAACAUUCGUGCAAACAAGCCGAGGAUGCACUAAGUACAGGAAUGGAUAAACUUCAACAAACUCUUGCUCAAGGUAUCACCAUCGACAUAACCAGAAUUGGAAGUUACAAUACGCAGAUGACUUUGGCAAUGGAGAGGCUUGAAGGAAUCGAAAACUUCUUGAACCAGGCGGAUCACCUACGACAACAAGUGUUUCAACAAAUGUCUCGAAUCUUAACCACCCAUCAAGCUGCAAGAGGGUUGAUUGCAUUAGGGGAGUACUUUCAACGUCUCCGAGCACUAAGUUCACUUUGGUCAGCUCGUUUUCAGAAACCCACAAGCUUGAACCCAUCUUUGUGAACCAGCCUACAAGUUACAACCAUAUUGGUGUUGGUCAUGUGAUCUUCGUUAACAUAUUAGCUAGCUUUGGAAUUGCCUUUCGUCAUGUAACCAGAACUAUUAUUUACUUUACCGUCUAUAAUGUAAAUAUAUAUUUAUGAUGCUAUGGAUAUAUGUAUGAGAGUGAGGUUUCUAGUUUGUGUCGAUAAUAACUACUAUGAAGUGCUAGUUUAUUAUUGUUAAUUUUAAGUUACUUCAUGUUA